CAUCUAGCAGCAUAAGCAGACAUUUCACAUGCUUCGUACUGUGUAGAACGUGGAAAUUAACGAAAACAUCGACAUAUUAUAGUUAUAUAUUUUUUGUACUCUGGAUUAAAUUAAUGAAGUGAAUAUGCCAGCGAGUGUUUAUGCGGAUAUGAGCUCAAAUUCACAACUGAUGGAAGAUCAGCGUGCACUGCAGCUCGCUUUUGAACUUUCGUUAUUAGGUUUGAAUGGAGAUGAUGAAAAUGUUCCAUCAAAUAACGGAAACCUUUCGCCUCAGAGUUUCGCCGAAGAGCAGGCCAAACGGCGCAGUGCCAACAUGACAGAAUGUGUGCCUGUACCUAGCUCGGAGCAUGUGGCCGAAAUUGUGGGUAGACAAGGGUGCAAAAUCAAAGCCCUACGAGCAAAGACCAACACCUACAUCAAAACACCAGUGCGCGGGGAAGAACCAGUAUUUGUGGUAACUGGACGUAAGGAUGAUGUUGUACUAGCCAAACGGGAAAUACUAUCUGCUGCAGAACAUUUCAGUCAAAUAAGAGCAUCAAGGAGGAACUCCAGCGUCACAACCAUCUCAAGUAAUGGGUUAUCAGGGCCUCCCAGUCCAAAUGCACCGGGCCAGGUGACAAUUCAGGUGCGAGUUCCUUACAGAGUUGUUGGCCUUGUUGUUGGGCCGAAAGGUGCAACCAUCAAGAGGAUUCAGCAGCAGACUCACACAUACAUCGUAACUCCAAGCCGAGACAAAGAACCAGUGUUUGAGGUAACAGGUCUUCCAGAAAAUGUAGAAAAAGCACGACAGGAAAUCGAGAGCCACAUUGCACUCCGCACUGGUGGCAUGGUCGACAACGCUCCAGAGGAUGAUUUCCAUCGAAACGGAAUAGACUCUGGUUUUCAUGAACUUAAUGGAUCUAGCAGUGACUAUAUUAGUUCUCUAUUCAAUAAAUCAACCAAUGGAAUGUCAGCAUUUACUGCAUACAACAAUGCAUUAAACGGAAAUGGACUUAUGAACAGGGGACCAGAGACUGUGUUUAACUUCCCUCCUGUGAAUGGCACAUCGAAAAUUUCGGAUUUUCCUGGGCAAGUGAGUGGAUUUGGCUCCACAUUUAAUGGUUUUCCGAACAUUUAUGACAGUUUGAAUGAUGAGGGUAUUGGUUCUCCAUCAUUUGACACAAGUGUUCCUCCGGGUGUUUGGUCAGACGUAAACGACAACAGAAAUCCUAACUUAGUCUCGCUGUUCGGAACAACAAGUACAACAAACAUGAAUGCCAUUGGAUCAGGUAUGAGCGGAAUCCCAAGAAUAUCACCUACUUCUAGUGAAAUGUCGACUGGGUCGAGCGCAACGGGUACAAAUUCAACAUCACAUUCACCCCCUUCAGAGCCCCCAUCAUCCCGCAGGAUACGCAGCGACCCUCUUGCUAGUGCUUUUACACCCUUCGUUACUCUCCAGAGUGAGCUCUUUCCAGCAGUGUCUGGAAUCUCGUGCACAAGCAGUGCUGGACUUGACUCUAACGGAAUAAGUGUUAAUUCUACAAGUGCUGAAGCUAGUACAUUAAGUGCUGCAGGCGAACCUGGUCUAGGUGCACGCAGAAACUGUAUCAUGUGCUCAGAAAGUGAGGUAGUUGCGGCACUUGUUCCAUGUGGACAUAACUUCUUCUGUAUGGAAUGUGCGAGUUUGAUCGUGGAAAAACCAACAGGUACCGUGGACAGAAUCUGCCCCGUGUGUCGGCAAGAACCAUCUCAGGCUAUUCGGAUCAUUUCGUAAACAUCACGAUAUCUAGACACUAUAAAAUAAUCAUCAAUUUACCAAAAAUCUGUAGAAAAUUCCAUUCUUUAGGGUAUGUGCCAAUUUUCAUAUUGCUUCUAUGUUCAAUUACUAGGAAAGCAGACUACAUAACUAGGGAAUUAUUAUUAUGCUGGAAUUUUGCCUGUUAUCUGUAGUAACUUACAGGCUAGAAAGCUUGUGAGAGAAAUACGUAGAUACCUAUCUUUGAACAUGGCAAUGUUGAUUCUGCCAUUGCAUACUCCAGUCCAAUAAUCAAUGAUUUGAACUAAGAGCUCUCGCAGAAACUAUGUAGAUUGUAUUGUCUAACGCAUAUAUACUACAACGGUUUGUGAUGACCUGAUUCUAAAAGUUUAAUUACGCAUGUAUUUCUAAGCUUAUCUAAUGAGUUGCUGCUAAGUUUAACAUCCUAGAUUUCAGAGAGCAUUUGUCUCAAGUUUGUUUUAGAAUAAAAUUUGUAUCUUCAUUAAGCUAAGUCGUUGACAAUCUGCUACCUGUAACUUUUCAUAUCAGUUUCUUAAAGCUAUAUACAUCAUCUAUGUUAAACAAGUUAAUUUGUCAUUAAUUAAUCACCUAUGAGAAUGUGAAAGUUUGAUUUCCAGUUACAUGUAUGCCUUCUUUACUAAAGGUAUCAAUAAAAACUCUUCUAGCAAUCAUGCAUAUUAUCUUAUACAAUAUGAGAUUAUUUUAAGUCAAUUACUUGAUUUAUAAACAUAUAAUGCAAAAAUCAACAUUAAUGGAUCAUUUGUCAUUUUCCCCCCACAUUUCAUGAAGAAAUUGUGUAUAUUUCAAAUUAUCCAGUAAUACUAUAGUAUUAUAUUUAAUUAUUGACUUUUAUAUUUGAGACAGAUUAUAAUAUAGAAAUAUUUUAUUCACUGUUUACAGUACUAUUAUUAUGUAACAAAAGAUUUGUUUAAUUGACUUGUUAAACUUUUAGCGGUAUCUUGAAUUUGCCUGAUAUUCUUUCAAAAACUGUUCCAUUGUUUUCUUGAAGUGUUGUUGAUUUUGCAGAUUAGCAUGUAAACAAUCUUCUCUCUAUUGUGAUGAAGCGAAAUAGCACUGUUAUUAUUGUCUAAUGUAUUUAUAACAUUUAAUACUUUUUGAUGCAAUCUUCUGUUUCUCUGAUUUCCCUUGCAGAGUUUAUUAUCUCGUGGUUCUGUUCUCUGCUAGACAAAUUCUUGAAGUGACAGUUCACUUGAAAUGAAAAGAAACAACCAGAUUUUAAACUGAAAUCUCCACAAAAUAAUAUUUGGCCCUAAAAUGAAGAAGUCAGACUCUGGGAAAUACAGAUAAUUGUCCCAGGGAAAAUCCUGCAGGGUGCUAAAGUGGCUGGUCAUUUCAUAUGAUGUAGGUUGACAAUCAAGACAAACAUUUGUUUAGAGAUUCCCGUAUUAACCAGUACACCUUACAUGUUAUAACUUUUCUUAAAACUUUGGGAGGAAUAUAUGUCUCAGAAAUGUCAGGCAAAUUCAAGUGCCUAUGUUAUUUUUGUGUAUACCAAAUAUGCCUACAUUUUUUCCAUUUUUGCAAAAUGUGUUAAUGUGUUUAUUUGUACAAAUUGUAUAAUUAUCAUAGAUUAAUUAGGCAAAAUGUUAUAUAUACAUAUAUUUUUUGUUUUCAAAAGUACAGCUUUAUUUUGUUCUAUAAAAUAUAUUAAGAGUAAUAUAUUGGAGUUUUUGUAAUAUAUUUUUUGCCCAUUGGAUACAAAUAGAUCUGUGUUUCUUUCACAUUGAUAUUAAUUAUGCUUGUUAUUAUUAUAUAUGAUUGCCCAUGAAUUGAUAAAAAAUGUAUCAUAGUACAUGCAUUACACACUUGUUGUUCAUUAUAAGCGUAGCCUAGGAUGAUUCUAUUGAUUAUUGGGGGCUAAAUGGGGUGGGGAAGAGGAGGGAUCGGUAUAAGGGGUGAUGGAGUAUACAUAACUGUAUAAAUUGGGGUAAUUUGUUUAAGGUUUGUCGAGUGCCACUGAAAUCCAUUCUUACAGAACUUGGAUUGACUGAUUUGAAGCAGAGAAUUUUGCUUGAUUUUUGAACUGUGUAUCAGUUAUUUUUAUAGAAAGAGGGAAGGUAGAUGCAGUAAACCUUUGUGGGGAUCUGGGUUUGGAUGGGGAAUGCACCAUUUGAAGAGUUACCACAAGCAUAUUUUAAGGACUUAAGAGGGUUCUUGGCUUUGUCUUGGCGACAGAUUCAGAGAAAACUAAGCCGAGUGAUGCAUCAUUUAUCACAAAAGUUUUACUUCAUUUUAAGUAAAUGUUUUAGGCCUUGAUGUAAAUUUUUACCAGCAAUAAUAUGGCAGUCAAUUUGUUACAUAGUGUAACAACAAAAUACUUUAUUUUUCACACCAAGUUAAUAUAUGACUUAUAAUAUUUUCAUGACAUCACUUCAUUAUUCCAUACGUCGCUGUUUUGUUCAGAGGUGUAUAUAACAUAUAUAUUAUGUUAUUUGAAAUUCAUUUCUAAUAAUAAGACAGGUGUGAUGUUGUUUUAAAUUAAUAUUUCUAGGCGUCAUAAGUAAUUAAAUGUCCUUGUCUCAUGGAGUGUGUCAGGUACAAGCCAGAAUAAUAGUUUUUUAUUCAACACUAGAAUAAACACAUUAUUCCAAAGUGCAUUUAUAAAAUCUUACCUUACAUUAUUCAGCUUCCUGUUAAAAAAGAAGGUCUUCCAGAUACGAUUAUUUUACUCAUUAGAUUGUAUUUUCACAUCAACUUGUAAGCUGUACUUAUACCUUGAAGCCACUUGUAUAAAUUAAAAAUCUGCAACUGACCAUUUUGACUGUCGCUGACCAUCUUGACCGUCAUUUACAGCUGAACAAAAAUUAAUCAGAAACUUUGCUGCAAUAGCAUUAAAAGUGCUAUGUACUGAACGUGCAAUUUAUUUGUCAUAGAAUCCACAAGUGAAAUCAACACAGAUGAAAAAUGAGAUUCGACCUGCCUCAGUAGCACUAAUUAAUUUAGGUGUAAGAUUUUUGGCAAUCAAUUCAGUUGAACAAAGAAAUCAUAGUCUUGGUUUACUGUAGGAUAAAAAGUGAUACUUUAGCGGCAACGGUAACUCUAUGUAUAGGUCUGAUAAAUGAACUUUAUGUUAAGCUAAUUUAUUUAUGCAAGCAUAAUUAUUUUUGUAAUUAAUGGAGUUUUCAACAUUAAAGAGAAUGUGCUAUAUUAGUGUUACUGUUCUGGGUGUGAUUGUUAAAUUAUUGACUAGGUCCAAGACUAGUGUAAAUUAAGUAGAUAAUAAAGCAUUUCUAGAGGUAGUUGUUAAAGGCUUAUCAGCAUGUAUCAAUGUCAGUACUGACAAUAGUGUCUAAUUACAGUAUCAACUAAUUUUUCGUCAUCAUUAUCAUCAUGGUCAUCCUCAUCAUUAUAAUCACCGAGAUAUAAAUUAAAGAGAUCACUAUUUAUCUAUGCACAAGCAAUUGAAGUGUUUUCUCCGUGUCAUGUAUAAUUUAAUCACAAAUGCCAUUGAAAACAAUACCCAGAUUCCUUUCAUAUUAUGCCAAAAAAAAUGCAAAACUGAUUUUUUGUGUAUUUAAUAGGUUGAAUUUCAAUUUAUCAUUAAAUUAAAUUGUAACAUACCAAAAAAUGAUGGUUUCUUUCUAAGAUGAUUGUACAAGUUUACUUGCAUUUUUAAGUACUAUUAAGUGUCAGUUGUUUGAUGUUUUGCACAAUUUUGCAUUUUAAUCGGAAUAGAUAAUGAAAAAAUACAGUCUGAUACAUAGUAAAAUAUAAAAAAAAAAUGAUCAAUUAUUUAUGCAAUAGUGAAGGGACUCAAAAAGAAACCCCUUUGAAAUCCCUUUGCAUAAUUAUGUACUGCAUGUAGCACAACCUCUCUUAUCCCCUGUGUUGUACAUUUUACACAGUGUUGGUGAAAAUGAGUGAGAAAAACAAUAUUUUUAUAGAAAAAGCAAGAUAAUUAUAAUCUGUACAAUGGUUGUUGUGUAUACCUAUGAAAUCCUUCUAGUGCAAGCCUUGCACCUCGUUUUUUUUUAUCCCAAAUUACUUAUAGAACACCCUUUCUAAAUUUUAUGUGCAUGUUGUGGAAAGUAUUAAAAUGUUUUCUGAAGACCACUGUUAUAACCUUAUUCCAAAUAUUGUGAUAAUAAACCCAGAAUUUAGGGCCCAAAGUAACUUGCUACUGGACCUUUUUGUCAAGGUUUUUAUUUGUAUAUUUUUGUAUGAUUAAAAGAAUAGGAAUUGAAAAGAAAUUUUCUUAAGCCAGAUGCAUAACCUGUUGGUUCUAGGACUUGUUUUAAAUCAGGGCCAGGCUCCAGGUGUGACAGUACAACUUGAGGUCUUGAAUUGCACCAAUUCUAUUGGUCACUUCUAAGGCUGUGCUAAGAAAUAGCCAGUCAGCCAACUUUUGAGACGCAUAAUUUUUUAAACGGUCAGUCUGCUAAUUUCUGUAUGCUGAAUCUUCAAGAAAAAUCUGUGUCUCAAACUGUCUGUAAUAAUUAUCCACGGUAGUAAAUAAAAUAUGGAUGCAGUGUAAAACAUUAUAGAAUUUGUAAAAAUCAAUUAAACGUUAGUAAGACAUUCUCUGAAUGAGUAUAUUGGCAAAUGAAGCUCAAAAAAUGGCUUGCUGGUAUGUGUAACCAGUAGGGAUUUCAUACCUGUAAUUUGUAUCAACAUCUAUAUCUACAGUUCUGAAGAAUGUUACAGCUAAUCUCAGCUAAAUCAUGCUUUAGGUUUUAUGAUCUUAUGUUUUAGUAACAUGGCUUUAGAAAUAUUCUUUUAGCAUUUAAGUUUGUUGAUUUUAUGGGAUAUCUUAGAAAACAGAAGUUAAGAUGUUGACUGGUACAUUUUAGUUUAUUAGAAAAUCUUAAUCAUUUUAUAGGACUGAUUGACUGUUAAUCAAAAAACGGUGAAUAAUUCCUUUUUAAAUUUUGUUAUUGAGAAUGAAUUGUCUUUAGCAUAUUCAAGGUUUAAUUAGGGUAUUUAUGUUAAACUGAUUUUUUUGCUCUUUUCUAAGUAAACUCAUUGUGUGUUUACUUUACAUUGUGUGUUUACUUUCAAAACACUUUAUUUAAUGAAGAUAUUCUGUUCUUGUUUACUUGUUUCAGUUUAUUUUGUUUUGUUUAAUUUCGAGGAACGAAUCUUCCUUAACGGUAUCCCUUGAGGAACAUUUUUUUUCUGUAUAUAGAUAUACCAAAAGCAGGUUGCGCAUAUACAAAAAAAUACUGCCGGGGAAAGUAAAAUGUUUUCUUACUAAACACAAGAUGGUAGGGGAUCGUUUUUUUAAAUAUUUGUUUGUUAGGCAAAGACUUUGCUGUAUAUGUUGUUUAUAUUGUUCACACGCAAAAAUGUGCAAGUUGCUAUCCAGAAAUUGUUAUAGCUUAGAUUUUUCUAUUUUAUUAUUUUCGUAUAUAUUAAACGUAUGCAACUAUAUGUGUAUAGUAGAGUUCUAGACAAGAUACUAUGUCGGUGGAGCCGGCUCGAUUAACAAAUAUACAUAAAUAUUU